AUGAAUCGACCGUGGCGCUCGUUCUACGCUGCCUGCCCCCUCCUGCUCAUUCUACCUCAGUGGAUCGUGUCGGUUCUCGUAAGUCAAGACAUCAUUCGAGAGCGGUUGUUCUACCGACUAAUGACCCUGUUCAGCAGUGCAUCUUUUGCAAUCGGCUGGAUCGGCAGUGUGGUCCCACUGACGGAGAUAAUCCAAAAAGGCUCGGAAGGAGCGAUGGUAGGCCUCACGAUGUCACUGUACUUCUUGGUGGGUAUCUUUGUGCAGACCAACUCGGUCGGGUUGUUUGAAGGCAGCAACUUCUAUGAUGUCGCUGAAGUGGCGGCCGACACUCCUGCUGCGCGUAUUGAUGUCCUCAAAGCGUUGCUUCUCAACUACGGCAUCAACGCGCUUUCGAUGUGUGGGCUCUUCUUUCUGCCACGACAAAAACUGGAUACACAACAACUACGAAGCUACGGCGGAUACACCAAGUGUGCGAGUGCUGCUAUCGUGUCAUUUGCCGCCAUUCUCUUUUUGUAUUCGUUCUCGAUAUCGAUCAUGACUUUUAUUCCCGGCACUGCAUGCAUCCGUAUCAAUGGUGGAGCUGGUUGCUAA